AUGGUACUUGUUUUUGACUCAGCUUAACGUUCUUAGACGAAAAAAAGGAGGAAUAAUGGCCGUUCGAAGAAGGGACGUGGUCAUGUCCGCUUUAUUCGCUGCAGCAACUGUGGAAGGGCGUGCCCUAAGGACAAGUGCGUGCCAAAGUUCGUGAUCCGCAACAUCGCUGAAGCUGCCGCUGUUAAGGAUCUUAAUGAGGCUUCAGUGUACACUGGUAAGCUCGGCCACAAUAUAGUGUCUUUCUGCUGCAAUUUACUCUCGACGUCGCUGGAACUACGAGCUUUCUUUGUUUCCUGCCCGUGCGCGUGGUCUGAUGGAGCCAAAAUACCGUUGCCAUGCUCAGAAUGGCAACGCACAAUGUCUCCCAUAACGAGAGCCUUGCUUUGAGCAGUCCGGUAAAGCUUAAGACUGUACAGAUACGGGCCUUACACAUUAGAAAGCGCAUUUCGACAUGGCUGCCAAUCAGCGGGCUGUAAGAUGUUCGUCAUCAGUCGUUGCUGAUAAAACACUGCUACUAAUGCGUUUGAUCUCGAGUAAAAAGCCUUGGCUUCAGGCGGAGUUAUGGCGUCGGGAGCUGUUGACUAGCAGAUUCCCCUCGCCACUUUGCCUACCUAAUCUCGUUUUCAUUGCGUGCGACAUUCGUACCUGGAUUCAGGGAGCAGUCCUUUUACCCGAUGCCGCCUAUUAUUGCUUUGGUCUUCUCAACGGCAGAAUACUUGUCAAAAACCGACCACGUCUGCUUGACAGCUCCUCAAUUUUAGGGACCCCAGACGUCUCACAUGUCCUUAGUCAUUCGCUCUCGUAAUCUGCCGACUGACCACAGUUCUGAUUACCAAAGUGCAAGACGUGGAGACUUAUUACAGCCUUGACAAUGUCUGGUCUGGGCUCACCCAGUCUCCGAAAGCGAUGCUAGCUCGUGCUUUCCAAACUGCACGCUAACGACAAUCUCAAUGGAUUUUUGGUGCACUUAUCUUCGGAGAUAAAUUACAGUUCCGGUCGUGGCAGACUGGAAUUCACCCAAUCUCCGAUACCAAAGUCCACAGGUGCUCUGAUCAGUGCCAUCUGACGACACGAGUUAACUGAACACCUGCUCCUGCUCGUGUAGUUUCCUCUGGAGAUUUUUGUAAACUUUUGCCCUUACGCCUGGCAACAGGAUAUUUUAUGGCAUAUGCUCGCGCGAACUGCCGACUAAGCGCAGUUCUGGGAUGAUCAGAUCCUGGAUUACGAGAAUGCUGGACGUGGAGACUUAUUACAGCCUCACCCGUGCUUGGUAUAGGCUCACCCAGUCUCCGAAAGUGAUGUUAGCUUGUGCCUUCCUACCUGCACGCUAACGACAAACUUUAUGGCUUUUCGCAGCUUCUUUCUUGGGAGAUAAAUUACAGUUCCGGUCGUGGCUGACUGGAAUUCACCCAAUCUCCAACAUCGAAGUCCGCAGGUGCUCUGAUGAGUGCCAUCUGACGACACGAGUUAACUGAACACCUGCUCCUGCUCGUGUAACUUCCUUUCUCUGGAUACCAUUCUGAGCUUUUACGUUAAUGCGUGCCAACAGGAUAUUCUGUGGUGGACACCGAGUAAUUAAAAGCUCUGGCCUUUAUACUGGGUAUGACAACCUAGACUGGCCUCAGGCCUGUUAGCUGCUGCCAGUCAACGCUGUAUCGAGUGUCUGAUUGCAAGGGUUCGCGAGUCUACAUGACGUGUCACAGCCUAAUGCCUUGUCUAGUUUCCCAAGGGGUCGCUUGUUUGAUUUGGCACUUCUUACCCGUUCUGCAUCUAAAAAUAUAAAACCUUUAAUUUUGCUUUUAGGCUACAGUCUUCCGAAACUGUUUGUGAAGCUGCAGUACUGCGUCAGCUGCGCUAUCCACGGCAAGAUCCUCAGAAGUCGAGCCAAGAAAGAUCGUAGAGUCCGUAUACCCCCGAAGAAGAAGGAAUUUGUGAGGAACAUGCAGGACAACCGUACCUAG